AUGCAGCAGGAGGAGCAGCAACAGCGGAGUAGGUGUACCCACCAGCAACGGAUGAAGGAUCUCUGUCAGGCCCUGGAGGCUCUCAACAGUACAGUCACCUCCUUCUCAGCCAGCGCCCAGAAGGCGGUGAACAGAGAGUCCUGCACCCAGGAGGCUGUGGCCUUACAGCAGCAGUAUGAGGAGAUACUGCACCAGGCCAAGGAGAGACAGAAGGCAUUGGAGGAUCUGCUGGCCCACUGGCAAAGGCUGGAGAAGAAGCUGUCGCCCUUUCUGACCUGGUUAGAGCGAUGCGAAGCCAUAGCCAGUUCGCCAGAAAAGGACAUUUCUGCUGACAGAGUCAAAGUGGAGAGUGAAGUACAGUUAAUACAGGCUCUGCAAAAUGAAGUUGUGUCCCAGGCCUCCGUGUACAGCAGUCUCCUGCAACUGAAGGAAACCCUGUUCACAGCGGCCUCCAAGGACGACGUGGCGGCUAUGAAGCUGCAGUUGGAACAGCUGGAUGAGCGCUGGAGAGACUUACCACAGACAAUCAACAGAAGGAUGCACUUCCUCCAGGCUGUGCUGGCUGAGCACCAGGGCUUUGAUGACCUGCUGUUUUCCUUCUCUGUCUGGAUUAAGCACUUUCUCAGCGAACUGCAAGCUACUUCAGAGAUAAGCUUAAGGGACCAUCAAGUGGCUCUCACCCGGCACAAGGACCACGCUGCAGAAAUAGAGAAGAAAAGGGGCGAAGCAGAGAGUCUGCAAGGUCACUUGGCAAAGCUGCGGUCUCUGGGACGAGCUGAGGACCUUCACCCGCUCCAGAUCAAGGUUGAUGAUUGCUUCCAGCUCUUUGAGGAGGCCAACCAGGUAGUGGAGAGGCGGAAGCUGGCUCUGACACAGCUUGCAGAGUUCCUCCAGAGCCAUGCUUCGGCAUCCACUCGUCUCCACCAGCUCAGGCAAACAGUGGAAGCCACCAAAAGCAUGAGUAAGAAACAGUCAGAGUUCCUAAAGAAAGACCUUGAUGAUGCUAUUAAAGACGUGAAGGCAUUAGAGCCCAGCGCCAUCAGUCUUGAUGGAGUCCUGACCAAAGCCCAGUACCACCUGAAGGGUGGGAGCCCGGAGCAGAGGACUUCCUGCAGAGCCACGACUGACCAGCUCUCUUCAGAAGUGGAGAGGAUCCAGAACCUUCUGGGAACCAAGCAGAGUGAAGCAGAUGCCCUGGCAGUAUUGAAAAAGGCUUUCCAAGACCAGAAAGAAGAGCUGCUGAGAAGCAUUGAAGACAUCGAAGAAAGGACUGACCAGGAGCGCUUAAAAGAGCCCACCCGCCAGGCUCUACAGCACAGGUUGCGAGUUUUCAACCAGCUAGAGGAUGAAUUAAACUCCCGAGAGCAUGAGCUCUGUUGGCUGAAAGACAAAGCAAAACAAAUCGCCCAGAAGGACGUGGCUUCUGCCCCUGAAGUGGACAGGGAGAUAAACCGCUUAGAAGCUACCUGGGAGGACACGAAAAGACUAAUUCAUGAAAACCAGGGGCAGUGCUGUGGGCUUAUUGACUUAAUAAGAGAGUAUCAGAAUUUGAAGUCAGCUGUGUGUAAAGUUCUGGAAAGUGCUAGCAACGUCAUUGCCAUGAGAGCUACUGUGAAGGACCAGGAGGACCUGAAGUGGAUCUUUGCCAAGCAUGAAACUGCCAGGAAUGAAAUGAAUUCUAAGCAGAAAGAGUUGGACAGUUUUACCAGCAAAGGCAAACACUUGCUAUCUGAGCUGAAAAAAGUCCACAGCGGAGAUUUCAGCUUGGUCAAGACUGACAUGGAAAGCACCCUGGACAAGUGGCUGGAUGUAUCAGAGAGAAUUGAAGAAAACAUGGACAGAUUAAGGGUAAGCCUGUCCAUCUGGGAUGAUGUCCUCUCAAGUAAAGAUGAGAUUGAAGGAUGGUCCAACAGCUCUCUUCCACAAUUGGCUGAAAAUAUCGGUGACCUGAACAACAGCAUCAGAGCUGAAGAAUUCCUGAAAGAAUUUGAGGUAAAUGACAAUACAUACAGAUCUUCGAUGGGAUGCUGUGAUGCUGAUAUGGAUGCUCUGAUGCUGAUGUGGAUGUGA